CGCUGUCUGUGAUAACCUGCCUUUCUGAUUGAUCUCUUAUCAUUAUUUCGUAUUCCAGGCGCCCUGCUUUAUUACCGAUGCACUGAGAUUAAAGCAGAGCGAGAGAGGCAGGGAGAGCAGAGAUUCCCAUUGUUUUGGAAUCCUUUUAGAAAGAGGGGCUUUUUUUUUCGUUAGUGGUUACAGUGAAGCGAUGGGGAUGGGAGCUCUCCGUUCGCACAUCCCCCGCAGACGCUGCAUUGGCGUGACCUGCAUCCCAGCUGGAAGGACACUCAGCCGGGCGACGAUGUGAGGUUGGCCCGUUCCCUAAGCCCCUGCCUCCGGCCGCUGUUGGAGCAUGCUGUGGAGGGGGCUAUGCCCCCGCUCCCGGCUCUCUCUCGGGCUCGCCCUCUGUGUCUCGCUGCUGUGCUGGCUUUAUGUCUACCCGGUCUACAGGAUCCCCGACGAGAAGGAGAUAGUCGAGGAGAUCCUGCAGCAGGCGCGCUGGAAGAGGAACCAGACAGCCAUCGCCGCAUUCAGGAGACUACUUGAACAAUGUUGUGAUGCACAACGGCUGUUUGCUGUGACAAAGUUGAACUCACCCUUGGGAAAGAAUCUCAGGUUUGAUGGAGAGUUCCUCUACUCACUUGCUGUCAACAAUGAAAUCUUCUCCAUGUUUCCACAGGAUACACCAUUCCAGUUGCCGCUGAAAAAGUGUUCGGUUGUGGGAAAUGGCGGAAUUUUGAAGGAGAGUAAUUGUGGCAGUCGGAUCGACAAGGCAGAUUUUGUCAUGCGAUGUAACCUCCCUCCUCUAUCUAAUGAAUACACCAAGGACGCAGGGUACAGGACGCACCUAGUGACUGCAAACCCAAGCAUCAUUGAGAAAAGAUUCCAGAACCUUCUGUGGUCCAGGAAAUCCUUUGUGGAAAGCAUGAAGGUGUAUGGCCAUAGCUAUAUUUACAUGCCUGCCUUUUCCAUGAAAACAGGGACAGAUCCUUCCUUCCGUACCUACUACACAUUGUCUGACUUCAGUGCCAACCAAACCAUACUCUUUGCCAAUCCGGAUUUUUUGCGCAAUGUUGAGAAGUUCUGGAAGGGCAAGGGAAUCCAUGCCAAGCGCUUGUCCACUGGCCUAUUCCUUGUCAGUGUUGCCUUGGGCCUCUGUGAAGAUGUGACCCUUUAUGGAUUUUGGCCAUUUUCAAUGGACCUGCAAGGGAGGAUAAUUAGCCACCACUACUAUGACAAUGUGAUGCCUUUUUCAGGCUACCAUGCCAUGCCAGAGGAGUUCCUCCAACUCUGGCUCCUGCAUAAAAGUGGCAUAUUAAAGAUGCAGAUUGGCAAAUGUGAUGAGAAUACAAAGCAGUGAAUUGCAGAAGUGUGGAGGGGUGUAACAUACAGAUUUCUGAUGUAGCCCUUGCAGGGUAAAUCUAUUGACUUGCACAGACAUUUCGUUUUGAUAUCGACCCAUAUCAUGUGAGAGAAACGGUGACUGAACACAAAACCAGAACAUCUCUCUUCAUUGCCAUAGACUGCGAAUGCAUUUACUGAAAUAAGUGAUGGAGUGACCUAGAUCCGUACUGACUUCUACUUCCAACACUU